AUGAAGGACCUUAUCGCCAUGUCCUUGCAGGCCCUUGCUUUGAUCUUGUGUGCAGUUAGCGUGACUGCACUGCCUCCAUUUCCCGAAGAGAGGUCAGAGGUCAGCACGGCCUUGGAGCUCAUCACCAGCGCGCAGGCGGGGGGCAUGACUCCCGAGAAACUAGUUGAGAAUCUCUACCUGCUGUCGGUUUCUGAGAACGACGCUGCUCGCCCUCACGCGAUCCAUCACCAGCUGCAGAGCCAAGCCUUCUACCGCAUGAUGAUCAACCGUGCCACCCACUUCAAGGUCAUGACAGCACCUCAUCCAGGUGCAUUUCGAGCAGACCAGGCGUACAGAGCGUUCGACAACCACGUCCGCGGCUUCUGGAAGCAAUUCUCGCCCAUCUACAUCACAAAGUACAAAGACCGGGAACGACGCACACGGGAAUUAAAAGAUCAUGAUCCGGAAGCGUUCAUGCGCAUCUUGUAUCCCGAGCUGCCAGAAAACGAGCCUUUUGACCAACCGUUCAUGAGCGGCUACACGGAGCUCCCCGAGGACAAGAAGCGAGCUACAGAGUACUUGAACAAGAAGAACAGAGCAGUUCAGUUCGGCAGGCACGUAGAGAGCGUUCAUGCCAUAGGUGUGCACAGGCACAUCCUCCCCAUGCUGACCAGCACGGAUCCGGCCAUCUUGCGAGUCCUCUCGAGCGCCGAGACGUCCACUUCAAGAAGACCCACGAACCACGGUGAUGAUUAA